GACCUCUCUCUCUCCUCGCUCUCGCUCUCGCUCUCCUCAUCCACUUCUUUGUUCCAUUGCUAACUCGUCUCUACCACUCCGCUGCACCGAUCUUGCCCACCGUGAGAGGCAUAAACUCCCCAAAUCCCCACGCCAUGGUCUCCGCACAGCGGCAGCCAGACUAUGGCAUCCGCGAGGUUUGGGCCGACAACCUCGAGGCCGAGUUCCAGCAACUGCGCGUCGCCGUCGAUCAGUACCCCUACAUCUCCAUGGACACCGAGUUCCCAGGCAUUGUCGCGCGCCCCAUCGGCAGUUUCAAGACCGGCUCUGACUACCACUACCAGACGAUGCGGUGUAAUGUCGACAUGCUCAAGAUCAUCCAGCUCGGCGUGACGCUCAGCGAUGAGAAUGGGCACUCGCCCGAAGGCUACACGUGGCAGUUCAACUUCCAGUUCAAUCUGACGGACGACAUGUACGCGCCAGAGAGCAUCGAGCUGCUCAAGAACUCGGGCAUCGACUUUAAGCGCAACGAGGAGGACGGCAUCGACGUCGAGUACUUCGGCGAGCUCCUCGUGACCUCGGGUCUUGUGUUGUUCCCCAACGUCAAAUGGGUUUCCUUCCACUCCGGGUACGACUUCGGCUACCUCCUGCGCAUUCUCACGUGUGAACCAUUGCCCGCGACGGAGAACGACUUCUUCAAGAUGCUCUUUGUGUGGUUCCCCUGCAUUUAUGACAUCAAGCACGUAGUUAGAUCAGUCAAGACGCUCCGCGGCGGCCUGCAGGAGAUCGCCGAGAGCCUCGGCGUGCAGCGCAUAGGGCCUCAGCACCAGGCUGGGUCCGACUCGCUCCUCACCGCCUCCGUCUUCUUCAGGAUACGCACAAACUUCUUCAACAAUGUGCUGGACGACUCUUAUUACAAGAACUAUCUGUAUGGCUUCAGCUCUGGGCGCACACGGCCACCAGGCGAGACCCAGAAGCCACCUUCACCCACGCCGCAGGCCCAGCUUCUCGGGGGCGAGAAGCCCUACUAGUACUGUAAUUGUUUGUACGCGAUAUAGAUACCCGGCCACACCAUGCAUGGCCAUAGACUAUGACUACAUGUACCCGUCGCGCUUGCCGAACGU